UCUGCCCCUCGCAGGCUGGGGACUAUUGUUCGCAGUCGGUAACUCCGGGACAUUGACUGAGGCGGGGAGAGCGGGACAAACUUGGCUCGGUCCGGGAAGAGGCGGACUCGAACCCGCGGCUGCUCAGCUGCAGGCAGGAUACUGAAGCGCUGAAUGGAGCUGCGAUGUGACCUACAUUUCCCAAGGAAGCAAAGCCCCCCAGCCCCCGGAGCUUCCUCGGCGUCUGCACUAUGAAAUGAUGCACGUGAAGCCCGUUCUGCCCCGGCAGGUGCCUCCUUAGCCAGGCGUCUCGCCCUGCCGCCUCACCUCACGCCAUUCGCCGGGGACGGCAGGACAUGGCCAGCUCGGCGCCGUGGGCCCACUGGGGAGAGGCGGGCCUUGGCCAUGGCUCUGGGCAGCGGCAGCGCUGGGAGGAGGAGGUGGAGCAGGGAUCUGAGGGGUACCUGGAGGAGAAUGGAGUCGCUGGACUGGACGAGAACGGACUGGUGGGUCACGCUGGCCAGUGGGGUGAAUCCCCGGCCCAGGAGCCCACUGAACUGGAGUUCCUGGGGAAUGUCAGGCUUAUGAAGGGGCCACCUUCUCCCCAGGGGUUCUUGGCACAGAGUGACAGGAACUUCGACCUUAGUGAGCUGCAGGAGUUUGAGUGGAGCAGUGUCCAAGGAGACAAUGCCAGGAGCCCACCCGCUGAUGAUGGCGAGGAGCUAGAGCAUGAUGGGACACAGGAGGACCCAACCUCCCCAGCCCAAUGGCACCCACAGAGAGACAGGCAGCUAGACAUGACUGAAGAGGAUGAGGACCGAGCCAGCUCAGGGGACGUGGAGAGACAGGAGGGGGACUGGGAGGCAGGGAGCGAAGGGGAGGGCUACCCGGAGCUCUCUUUCGAGGGCCAGUACGGCUCAGAGUACAGCGCCAGCCCCGAUGCUCUGCAGGACGCCCAGGCUCUGUAUGGGGACUAUGGCAAAUCCUUCAGCUUCACCACAGACGGCGGAGAGGAGCUUUCGGGACACUCCGACGUCAGCCCGCCCCCCUCCAGCACCCUGCCGGAGCGCUCCCACAAGCCAAGCCAGAGAACCGGAGCUGAUGUCUUCGAAAGCCGGAGCCAACUCGGAGACAGCCUGGAGUUCCCUGCAGAAACGGAGUGCUCGUCGCCCUCAAGCAGGCACCUGGACAGCCCCGAGCUGAGCCCGCUGGCCGAUUCCAGACGCCGGAGCCUCCUGCACCACCUGUCUGUGGAAGACCUUGAGAAUGCCCCAAGCAUCGACGCGGAGACCUUCCCAGAAUCCUUCUAUACUGACAGCAUGGAGGACGCCCCCCGAACCAUCUCCAAGGCUGCUCAAGCUAGGGCAUCCCACCGCCGCCCUGUGCCUGCAGCCAAGCCUUUGGAGAGCUCAAGGCUCAAGGCAACAGAGACUCCCCCUUCCCUACGGCACGCUGGCAGCCAGCAGCAGGACAGGGCUCGGAAGCUGAAGAAGGCCCUUUCCCCAGCACUCCCUUCCAAGUUCAGCAGGCAGUCCAGGUCUCUGAGCCCUCGGGGGAACGCCAGUAAGCAGGCAGAGCGGUCUGGCUCGCCGAAGUCAGGCCCCGCCAGGCCGUCCCUGGCUGCAGCCGAAGCCUCGCGAUAUGGGCGAGGCCAGCUCAACUACCCGCUGCCGGAUUUGUCCAAGGUGGAGCCGCGGGUGAAGUUCCCAAAGGACGAUCAAAGUUACCGCCCUCCGCGGGGCAGGACUCUGCCCAUGAGGGCCAGGGGGUCAGCGAGCCCCGUGGUCUUCAAGUCUCCCGCGGAAAUCGUCCGGGAGGUGUUGCUGAGCAGCGCGGAGGGGUCGCCGCAAAAAUGCCCUACCCCUUCCACCACCAUGGUGCCCGAGGAGUUCAAGUCCCCGCAGCAAGCCACUGAGCUGGUGAAGCAGCUGCAGGAGGACUACCACAGACUGCUGACCAAGUACGCUGAGGCUGAGAACACCAUUGACCGGCUGCGGCUGAGAGCAAAGGUGAGCUUGUACACCGACCCGCCGAAGCCGAGCCACAGCGUUCACAUGGGGACCAUGGCCCACGGCUCCAAGGUCAUGGCUUUCAGCAUCCCACAGAUCCAGACAGCAGCGUUCAGCACCACGCCUGCUCCAGCCCUGCCAGCGGGUCUGGAUGAAGGGCCAUCGUCAGCACCAGGUGACCAGGCUCCAUCCUUUCCGGCUCAUUCCGCACUCGCCGGUGUGGCUGGGGUUGACGCCUGCACCUCUACGGAGAGACCGUUUCCGGAGGAUCCCCUGACACAGACGCUGGCGGGUCAGGCGAGGAAAUUUGAGACGCAGGUGGAAUCCUUCGAGGGACUGAUCCAAAUGGGAAGACUCACCCCGCGGGACCAGCUCUCGGGAUUUGCGAGGCUGAAGGACGCGCAGGAUGCUCUGGAGCGAGCGUAUCUGCAGGCCCGGGAAGAGUACCGCCUGCAGCAACAACGCCCAGGCGCAGCGGGGCCCCUGGGGGACUUCGAUCCAGACAGAGUGGUGGAAGGGGAGAUUUUCCGCCUGGGAAUGCGCUUGGAGGAGCUGAAGGAUGGGAUUGACCGAGCGCUACAGAGCCUGACCUCGCCGAGGCGUUGCCCUGAGCCAGCCUUGCGUCCCAGCUGUUUGCCGACCCUGGUCUCAGAGCCGCCACUCUCCUCCCCAAGGCCAUCAGUUCAAGCCCCGAUCCCGGCCCUUCGCACUCCCUACCCUGAGGCCCCUGUUCCAAAGCAUGCCCGCGCCCAAAUGCAAGUGGACGCAGAGGUGAGUUCUGCGAGUGGCGAGACGGAGGAGGAGAGAGAAGAGCUUCCCGAGCCCCUGCGGCACAAGCAGCUUCAAGUGGAGAAGGACUUUGAUAACCUGCUGGACCACUACAAUAGCUUCAAGUCCUUGCCUGAAUCUCUGAGCAUGGAGCAGCUGGGCCUGGAAGAGAACAGCUCCCCACAGGAAGUGGAUGGCCCUGCUGCAGAGGAUGCUGGGACGGCUGAGAGCCCUCACGGGAUGCUGUCAUUAAAGGAAGAGAGGACCCAUGUGACCACUCAGCCCAGGCAGCCCCCGGAGAGGAGGUCGCACGCCCUGCAGCCAGGGGAACGCCGGCAGCUGCUCAGGAAGAGCAGUCGCUUGUCCUCUGUCCAGGGCGAGGAGUCCCUCCCGCGGAACGUGGCUAUUAAAGCCAGGCCCCAGGAUGCAAUCCCCAAGCCAUCCUUCGGGGGGCAGCAGGAGACACUAUCCCGCCAGAGCAGCAUGGCCAGCAUGGUGGGCAGCGCCAUUUCUGAGCACCUUCCGCAGAAGCCUUUCCGUCAGGCAAAAUCCUCACCGUCCGAGGAUCAACGCAUCGUGUCUCCAGAGACGGACAGCGGGUUUGUGGGGUCGGAGGCCAGCAGGGUGUCCCCGCUGACGCGCACCCCGGAGCAUCGCCCCUCUCGCACUGCGACCCCCGGCAUGCUGGGAAGAUCUGGCCCCACAUCCAGCCCUGCUGCCCUUCGCACUUCCCUGCGGAAAGAGGCAGCCCCCCUGCCGUCGGAAAAGGAACUGCUGGGCACGUACACCUCCGCCAGCCAGGCGCCCCCCGGAGGCAGUGCCCGGAGACACAGCCUGCCCCGGGGCAGCCCCUCCCAAACCAGCUCCCCUCCCCAGUGGACAAACAGCAUCACCAGCGAGGUGGGACCAGACACAGACAUCACUCACACGGACUCCGAGGCAGAGCAGCACAGCAGGGCCGGCGCUUCUGAUCACCGUCCCAGCAAAACUAGAUGCCCACCCAGCUCCACCACCACGUCGCCUUCCCCAGGCCGGGCUCACCAUGGCCUCCUGGGCUCCCGCGUGGAACGAGACCAGGCCAUCCGGGCUCUGCAGGACGAGGUCUCGCGGCUUCGGCAGCGGCUGGAGGAGAGUUUGCACCGAUCCCGCAGCUACCCAGAGGGAAAGUCAUCCCCACGCACCGCUAGGAGCAGGAGGCAGCCUGUGGGGAACGGCCCCUCAGUCCGGAACUCAGCCCCCUCUGGUGAAUCCGCAGAGAGGAGCCCAGGCGAGUUUGGGGAGCCGGCUCCAGUGAUCAAGCCAGCGAGGCGGGUGAGGUCGGCAUCGCUCCCUCGGGAUGGGCCUGAACGGGACCUAACUUCGGAGUCGGACUGCUCCCCACCGCGGGCUCGGGAUGGGAAGCCCAGGACAAGCUUCUCCUCCAGGCAGAGCCCUCCGAGGACGCUGACAUUCAAGGGCCAUUACACAGGGACGCGCUACCACUUAUCGGCUCCUGUGUCCCCAGAACGGAGGGAAGACACGGGCCCCACUUCCUGCCUCCAUUGCCAAGGGACCAGGACACAAGCUGGCAGUGCAUCCGCAGGGGACACCAUGAGACCCGCUCAGCAUAGCACUCCAAGGAAGACGUACUGUCCAAUCUGCAACGGGACCAGGAGCACCCCUCUUUCUAAAACCAGGGACAAAGCAGCACAGGCGACAGGCCGCGGCACAGAGAGCGCCUCAUCUCAAGGCUCCGGCCUCAGUCACAAGCCCGAGAAGCCACAGCAGCAGCAGCCUGGCCUCUGGUACCUGGCGGCCCAACCCCUUGGCACAGCUGUCAACUACAUCCCAACAGUGCCCCUGGUGCCUUACUCGCCCUCUGUACUCUACUGUUCUCCACCAGCACCUACCUCAGUCCCCGGCCCAGCUGGCCUGCCUGCCCAUUACUCCAGCCAGUACAGAGUGGCAGAGCUGAAGCCCAGGGCCGCCCGGCAGCAAGCCCAUGGUCGCCAUCGCUCCCUGAUGCUUGACUUCGACGACCUGGAGGACCUCAACUGGUCCCUGAGCCGGGCCGUGGAAGCCGCCAAGAGCAUGAAGCUCACCACCAAGCAAAUGAACAGGUCGCUGACCUCUGAACUGAGCAAGGCCAGGCGCCUGAGAGGAUCCUGCCUCUUCUGACAGAACCUGGGGGCGGCUUCCUCUGGAGCCUGGCGGGGACAGCUUGAGCCGGCAGGCUGAGCCUCUUAACACCUGGAGAUAAGCCCCCAGCAAACAUCUGGGGAACUGAUUUGCCAAAGAAUGACUAGACUGUCCCUCAGCUUCCCAUGAGACUGCAGAGCCGUCCUCCGGCGCCUGAGGAGCCUGUGACAUACUGGAGUCUCCACAUGGGAUCCGCGUUGGAAGCUAAGCCUGCAGAGUCUCUCCACCCUUCUCCAGAGCCCGCUCAGCCCGCAUGUUACAGUUGCCUUA